GAAAUGAUAUAAUCAAUGUUAUAUACUGUGAAAGAGAUAUCUUCAAAUGAUGGUUUGUGAUGUUUCGUAAGAUAGUUGAAUUACAAAGGCUAGAGUUGUGAAAAGGAACUAAUAAGUAAACGGAUUGGAAAGGGGAUACACCUUCUAAUAAGGGAUAUAGCUUAUAUCAAAAAGUGAACUCUUGAACUUGUAACUCCUUCUUGAUGGCAGACAAUCGUCACAGUGGCUUGCCACUUGGCAUGUCACGACUACGCAUUGACCCAAACAGAUCAAUGGAAGCGGCACAACGUCCCGUGAAUUCACCCGAUGGUUUCGGAGGGAGUAGAAGAGACAGUCUGCCAAUGCCAGGAAUGGAUGAGUUCGAUCCAUUCCGUGUAUUUGAGGUCGAACACAGACCAUGCAUGAUUCUAACUGCUCAUGUGAUGUGUGGGAGAAAUAUUUCCAAUGGAUGGAUGGCAGAUAUGUUGGAUACACCCGAUCCGUAUGUGGUCCUGAAGAUGAAAAGUGCCCCAGAUGGUCGGAAAAGGACGAAACAUAUUGAUAACGAUGUUAACCCCGUCUGGGACGAACAAUUCACCUUUCUGAUGGAUUCGUCGGACCACAAUGUUUUGCAGGUCAUUUUACGUGAUGCGAACUACCUCCAGGAUCACACUAUUGGUUUUGCCGACUAUAAUAUAGGGGGCCUCACAAUGAAUGAAGAGAAACUUGUGACGUUUCAGUUCAUCAAUAAUAUUGAAGUUGAUGUGAUGUUGAGGGUUGAUUUUGACACCGAUCCAGAUCUAAGAUACAGUCUGUGCCUCAGCGACGAUGAAAAGCGAUUCGUGGACGUUCGGAGACGUAACGUCAUCGAGUCGAUGAACUCGCUUUUGGGGAGUGACUGCGCCCCUCAAACACUAUGGGAGGUCCCUACAAUUGGUAUUCUCGGCUCAGGAGGUGGCUUUAGAGCAAUGGUUGGGUUGGCUGGUGCUAUGAAAGCCCUGUAUGACUCUAACAUAUUGGAUUGUGCGAUGUAUGUCGCUGGCUUAUCUGGAUCAACUUGGUAUUUAUCAACGCUUUACUCCCAUUCCAAAUGGCCCAGCUGCUCUCCAGAGAUAAUCAACGAUGAGUUGAAGAACCGGAUAGACUCGAGUUUGCUAUGGUUACUGAAACCACAAAGCGUGUAUAGAUAUGUAGAAAGAAUCCUACAGAAGCGAAGACUUGGUCAGCCUGUCAGUUUUACAGAUUUCUUUGGUCAUUUGGUCGGGGAGACACUUCUGAAAGAUCGUCUGGAGAUGACACUUUCUGACCAACAAGACAAAGUGAAUGAAGGACAGGCGCCCCUACCUCUUUAUACAUGUGUUCAUGUAAAGAAAGACGUUUCGGCCAAGGUGUUCCAAGAAUGGGUAGAAUUCUCACCAUACGAGAUAGGGAUGCCAAAAUAUGGAACUUUUAUGCGAACUGAGCAGUUUGGAAGCAAAUUCUUCAUGGGGAAAAUAUCUCGAAAGUUUGAAGAGCCGCCGCUACAUUUCUUACAAGGUAUGUGGGGAAGUGCAUUUACCAUUCUCUUCAAACGCCUACUCGAUGAUACCUCUUCCAUGGAUCCUGUUGAUAUUGUCAGAUCGGAAAUGGCAAAUGAGCUAGACCUCCACGACGAAGAGAGCAGUGACUGUAGCGAUGAUCCCGCCAGUAGCGAUGAUGAUUCCACGGCCACCGAGUCAGGCUCGGAUAGACGUAGAUCCUCCAGUGGGACAGACUCCUGUAGUGGUACCCCCACGACAACAUCCAGGCCCAAACUAAACCGACACAGGCGAGCACAAUUACCACCAAGAUCAAGUCGCCAAUGGAGCUCAGAUGCAUCUGAUUUUGAAUAUCCGGGAUCUGAGUCUGAGAAAGACCCGGAUGAUACAACUGCACCUAACUCUCCCUGGCGGAGGCGUU